CGGAAUGUUAACGAAUCCAAACAUGAGAAGAGAACCAAAACUCCUCCACUGGAUUCUUUUUCACAUACUUAUGAUCUGCCAAUUCUCAAACCACCUGAAAAUUAUGAAAUUGGGAAGGAUGAUGCCGGAGGUGAACAAGAAGAGGAAGCAGUCGUUAGGUCUUGGACUUCCCGCGACCCACAUUUCGAGGCAGAAGAUAGAGGCAGACCUUCUUGGAUCAAGACUGAAGCAAUGGCAUCUACUCCAACCAGGAGUCGAUAUCACAGAACACAUUACCCUGCCAUUGAUGGAAUUUUAGAGGGGAAAGAAAAACCACCCUGAAAACUGUGAGGCUGUAAGUGAUGAGCAUGGUGGAAGAUUUCACCAAGAUAUAUCUGAAAUAGGAUGCAUUUAUUAGAGUCGUUGGGACGAGUCAAUGCUCCCCGCUACUGCUGGACUCUUUCUUCCAAGAGAUACUCCUGAUUCGGC